AUGUCGAUGGUUGAAGAAGAAGUGGUAGUCGCACCGUGGGUUGGGCCUACAAGUUGUAAAAAUACAUUAUCAGUGAUCGUGCUCUCAUUCAAUAAUGAUAUCAUUGAAAAACUUUCAAAAGCUCUCACAGAGGUCCACGACAAAGGGGACUAUCUUUGGAAACUAAUUGUACUAAAGUCGUUUUAUCUUGAAGAAGUGGUAAAACGGUCUGACCUUACCGGGAAGAUCGGUAUCGACUUCGUUAUAUUAGCAAUAGACACAAGUCGACUAUUCUGCUUAAAGUGGGCAAGAAAUGCCUUGCUGCAAGUGAAUUCAGAUUUAAAGAUUCGCCGUGUGGUGCUUGUAAAUGCUAGUGGACUUCCAGUGAACGCUAUGGCAAUAAGUGCCAGUGAACUGAUAAAUUUCCAAAACGAAAUGAAACUCGACAUUCUAACUGCAAAUGUGUUUGACUCUGAGAAUGCAACUUGUUUGGCGCGCAGAUUACUGAAGUACAUAGAAGUCUCUAUUGGUGUUAAGACUGGUAUUCCUAAUCUUAAUGUAUGA